AUGGCACGUCUUGCUCAGUUUCUUUCUUUUCUCUCUCUACUAGCUUUGAUCUCUGCCGUGAACGGUCGUGUUUUGAGUUCUUUAUCUGAGGAAUUGGUCUCCGAUGGAUCCAGCUACGAGUUUCUCAGUCUUGAUCCGCCACAUCGCAUUUCCAAGGAUGCUUGUGUUCAUGUCUACGGAUUUCUGCCGUGUGCAGACAACGUUGGAGGAUAUGUCUUCCAAGUCUUCUCCUUUGGCUGUCUACUGAUAGUCGGUGAGUACUUCUUGUCUGAAGGAAGGUCUAAGCUCUUUGUCAUCUUCGAGGUCGGUUUCUAUGGCGGAAUCAUCUUCCCUCUCCUUACAAUGUUCCCAAGAGUAGCACUUAUUCUCUCGACUGGACUUGUGGGAAGCAGAGAGAUUGCAAACACGAUGGUUGGUAAUAACGUUGGAGUUACUGUUGGAUACACAGUCUUUGCUUUGACAAUGCAGUGGGGAGCUUGUGUUGUCUUUGGCUUGUCUGGUCUCAAAUCAGAUCAGUCCAUCAGAAAAGAAGAAGACCAGACGUAUUUUGAUAGAGCAGACCAAGAGAAGAGCUUAGAUCAUGCUAGGUUUGAGCUCAUGUCAGAAGUUCAUAAGCAUUUGCAGAAUUUUUCACCCAAAACCCUCUUAAGAGAUAGACAACUAAAUAAAGAAAGUUUGAAAAGAUUGUUUGAAAAAAUAGAUGUGAACAAAGACGGAAAGAUCCAAGUUUCAGAGUUGAAAGAUCUGACUGUGGAGUUUGGGAUGUUAGGAAGAAUGAAGUGUGACAUAGAUAAGCUUGCCACUGCAUUGAUUUCUGAUUUUGAUAACGAUAGAGAUGGUGAGAUAGAUGAGGCUGAGUUCGAGAAAGGGAUCGAGAAAUGGCUGAAACAGUACAAACUCAGCUUCGAUACCACCGAGUGUCAAAGAGAGGAGGAUAGAGUAGUGAAGAUGGAACUUCCAAACGAAUGUCUUGUCGUUAAGCUGCUCUCGAAGAGAACCUUGAGAGCUUCCAUUGAAGUCAUUGUAGGGAUGCUAAUUGUCAUCUUUCUUGCAAUGCCAUUCAUGAUGAACAUCGAGCGUUUGUCUGUAUCCGCUGGUGUUCCUUCUUUCUAUGUUGUCUUUGCAGUGAUCCCUUUGGCAAGAAACCUAAAGAACGCUUUGUCUGCUCACUUCUGUCGCAAGAAAGACAAGGCUAGAAUCACUUCAGAUACAUUCUCUGAGAUCUACAAGGAUGUUACAAUGAACAAUCUGCUGGGGAUUUCGAUUAUAUUGGCGAUUGUAUACACUAGAGGAUUGACUUGGGAUUACUCUACAGAAGUUCUCAUUAUUGUGAUUGUUGGACUCAUAAUAGGCGUACCGGCUUAUGUUAGAUCAACUUAUCCUUUUUGGAUAUGUGUUUUGGCGUUUGCUCUCUACUUCUUCUCUCUUGUCCUCAUCUAUCUCCAUUUCAAGUCUCUAGGCAAGAACGGAACUUUCACCUCUAACAUGUAG